AUGCUGGAGAUCUACAGCCACCUGGUAUCUGUGGGUAGAGAGAAGAGCUCUGAUUCUUGUCAGCAGAUCAUUUCUGGGGAACUUUCAGUUCAAAUGGAGAUACUGGAAAGAGCCCCAAAGGAUAAUUCAUUGUACUCUGUCUUUAAAGUCUGGAAUAUUGAUGGUCAGCUAGAUAGAUAACAAGGAAACCAAGGCAGGGUUUUGAGGCAGAUCAUAGUCUUCACCCAUGAAACAAUGACCAAGAAGAGAGGCCCUAAAUGUAAUGUAUUUGGAAAAAUAUUCAGUGGAUGCAUAGACUUUGAUCCUUCAAGUAAAACACUCCAUUACUUUGAUUCAUGUGAAAAGAGCUUGAAAUCUAGUUUAGACUCGCUAACUUGUAAUAGGAGCUAUAUAAGAAAGAACCCCAUUGAGAAAUUUGGAUGUGGGAAACCACCUAGCUAUAGUUCUUCCUGUUCUGUGCCUGAGAAAAUUCACAUUGGAAUGAAAUCCCAUGCACAAAGUUAACGUGAAAAAGUUAUAAAUCAUAAGCAAGCCCAUAUUCAGUAUAAUUCAAGUUGGGAGAAACACAAUGUUUGUAGUGUGUGUGGGAAGGGCUUUAUUAAGAAGUCGCAGCUUGUUAUACAUCAAAGAGUUCAUACUGCAGAGAAACUGUAUGUAUGUGGAGAUUGUGGAAAAGCCUUCAGUGAGAAAUCACACCUCAUUGUGCAUCAGAGGAUUCACACUGGGGAGAAAUCCUAUGAAUGUACUGAGUGUGGGAAGGCCUUCUCCCAGAAGUCACUCUUUAUUGUUCAUCAGAGAGUCCACACUGGAGAGAAAACUUAUGAACGUUUGGAGUGUCAAAAGGCCUUCUCCCAGAAGACACAUCUCAUUAUACAUCAGCGAGUUCAUACCAGAGAGAAGCCCUUUGGAUUCAGUGAGUGUGGUAAAGCCUUCUGUGAGAAAUCUCAUCUUUUUAUACACUAGAUAACUCAUACUGAGGAGAAACCUUAUGAAAGUACUAAAUGUGGGAAGACCUUCCCUCGGAAACAGCUUGUCAUCCAUCAGAGAAUGCAUACUGGAGAGAAACCCUGUAAGUGCAGUGAAUAUGGGAAAACUUCUGGCCAGCAGUCCCACCUAAUAGGACACUGAAGAAUUCAUACAGGAGAGAAACCUUAUAUAUGUACUGACUAUGGGAAGGCUUUUUCCCGGAAGUCACACCUCUCUUAACACCAAAGGCUUCAUACUGGAGAGAAACCUUAUGCAUGUACAGAAUGUGGAAAAGCCUUCUCUCAGAAGUCACCUCUUAUUAUAUGCCAGAGAAUUCAUACAGGAGAGAAACUGUAUGAGCGUAGUGAAUGUGGCAAAACAUUUUCCCAGAAAGCACCCCUCAUUAUUCAUCAGAUAAUUCACACUGGGGAGAAGGCCUAUGAGUGUACUGAGUGUGGAAGGAUCUUUUCCCUGAAGUCACAUCUUAUUUUACAUCAGAGAGCUCAUACUGGAGAGAAGCCAUAUGAAUCUAAUGAAUGUGGAAAGGCCUUCUGUGAGAAGUCUCCGCUAGUUGUACAUCAGAGAAUCCAUACUAGGGAGAAACCUUCCAAAUCUGCUGAGUAUGUGAUAACUUUUUCCCUGAAAUCACAGAUGAUCACAUACCAGAGAACGCACACAUGGGAGAGACACUCCAAAUACAGUGACUAUGGGAAGGUCUUCUGCCAGCAGAUAUACCUCACUGGACAUCAGAAUCCAUGUAAGAUAGAAACCUUAUAUGCAUAG